AUGACGCCCACUCCGCCUUCGACCAACUCCUCUACUGGGGGUCGCUCCCCCGAGGAGCAGUUCCGGGUUGUGAGGAAAAGAAACCGUGUGCCUCUGAGCUGCUAUCCGUGCAGGACAAGAAAGAAAUGCGAUCGGAACCACCCGUGCAGUAACUGCACCAAGCGGGAGGGCAACGAUACGGCAUCAUGUUCCUAUGCGGCUCCAGUGACUCGCAAGAAGAGCCAGAACCAGGCCGACGCCACUCCCGAUGAUAUGCAGAACAGGAUCGACCGGUUAGAGGGCCUUGUGUUGUCUUUGAUGCAUGGCGGGGCUAAUAUAGAUCCUGCUACAGCCUCCGCGGCCGGCCGCGCUGCUUCUACGUCGCAGUCAUUGACUGACAGCAGCUCUUCGGCCAAAGCCGGCCGUGACGAGGCUGUAACAAUGGCCGAGGAUGAUAGCGACGUGGAAGAGAGCCUCGCAGCUUCACUCGGUGUUUUAAAGGUCGACUCUGACAAGGGCAAGUCGAUGUAUAUCGGCCAAGAGCAUUGGCACACGAUAUUGUCCGACAUUACCGAGGUGAAAAACUAUUUCAUGUUCCACAAGAAGGAGCUAGAGACGAGUUAUGAGCGUGUCAGGAACUCAAAACCUAUAGCUGCGCGGGAAGGGCCGACAUUGUUACUUGGUGCCCUGCCAGCGUCUGAGAUUGAACUCCGCGCGGAGCUGCCCCCAAAGUCAAGUAUUCUGACUUUGUGCAGUCGCUAUUUCAAUUCCAUGGACAACGCUGUUUGCAUAAUACACGGGCCGACCUUUUUCAAGCAGUUGAAAAAGCAUUGGGAGGACCCGUCAAAAACACCAAUCAUGUGGCUGGGCCUCUUGUAUUCCGUGCUUACCCUUGCCAUGCUGAGCUACCACAAGGUUGGUGAUGAGCCUCCUGAGUGGAGGGGUCGAACUUUGGAAUUGGCUUCUGAAUAUCGGCUACGCACUGUCCAAUGUCUGAUCAAGGCGGACUACACAAAACCAGUCGAGUACACAGUUGAAGCCAUGCUUCUAUACGUUUUUGGAGAAUACUCGUCUCGGUGGGAUGCUGAUCUUGGCCUCUGGUUGAUUGUUUCCGUCAUAACGAGGAUAGCCUUCCGCAUGGGAUACCAUCGCGAUGCGAAAUGGUUUCCCAACAUUACCCCUUUUCAAGCUGAAAUGAGACGAAGAGCGUGGGCGCUGGUCCGAAUGUCGGAUGUCGUAUUUUCACAUCAGGUGUCGUUGCCCAACAUGAUUUAUGAGCAUGACUGUGAUACCCAGCUUCCGAAUAACCUGUUUGACGAUGAAUUUCACCCUGAUAUCAAGGAAUUGCCCCCAUCCCGCCCUGCUUCGGAACCGACGCCGAUAUCCUACAUGAUUGCCAAGGUGAGGCUCUGCAAUGAGCUAGGCAACAUCUUGCAGGCUACAAAUUUGGUGGGGAGACCGGUCUCAUACGAUGAAAUUAUUCGAUUUGACGCAAAGCUUCGCCAGGUGAUGCAGGAGCUUCCUCCCCAUCUCAGACUUGGCUCAUUGGAUACAUCCCAAGAUCCAGUGACCUUGAUCAUCGCAAGAUAUAACAUCGAUAUAUUGUACCAAAAAAUGCUUUGCCUACUACAUCGGAAAUAUCUCUCCAAGGCUCGGCAUAACUCGAGAUAUGCGUUUUCGCGGCGAAGUGCUAUCGAGGCCUCGAUGCAAGCAAUGGACCAUCUAGCCAAACUCCAUCGCGAGUCUCAAGGAAACGGGCGGCUACGUUCCGUUUCAUGGUAUAUCAAAUCCAUUGCAACGAAGGAAUUUACCCUGCCGGCCAUGCUCCUUGUUCUAGACCUUCACUAUGAUAACAUGGCAGCACGAUCAUCUAUUCCUGCGGAUGAGAGCAAUUACAGAUACACUGAGGAGCAGCGAAGUAAAAUGAUUGGCACACUCGAGACUGCCAAGGGUAUAUGGGCAAAUCUUGCCAACACUUCGAUGGAAGCAUUCAAGGCCUGUAAAGUUAUCGAAAUCAUGUUGGAAAAGAUUAAAUCGCCUUCUGGAGAAGCUAUGGACCCCAACAGCGACUCAUCUCUAUCCGACUCUCUGUCUGCUUCAAUUGUAGGCACAGCAAUGGAUCAGACGCCUUCGUCCUUGGGUCUUGGUACCCCCAUUGGCAUGCCUGGCUUUGGUGGCCAGGAUCCCUUUACGCAAAGCUCCGCCUUUAUGGGUAUGGAUUUUGGUGUUCGAGCCGGAAACGCGGCCGAAUUCCCUCAAUUUGAUGGCCUCAACGCCGGUGGCCCUGCCUCUCCGCUCUCCAUGUUUACCAAUCUAGGUGGAGCGGGCGGAGCGGGCGACCUGGCGUCCAAUUUUGACUGGGUAUGGCUACAAUUACCAUCUUUAUCCUCCUCUUUUUUCGCACAUUCGACGUGGAUAUUUGCUAACAUAAUCUUCUGCGAUAGGGGGCAUUUGAAAAUUAUGCACAAAUGA